UUCCACAUUCCCAUUUUCAGAUGAUAGAAUAGAAUUAAUUACGAAGCAAUUAAAAAAGGAAUUUUAUUAAGGACAUGCCCAGUAUGCCACCGCUGUUUAGAACCGAUAUAUAUAUAUCUCACUGCUCUCUGCCCAGCAACAGAGAGCCACUACAGACUGACAUUUCAAUGGGACUUAUUCGCGAGUUGAAGAUCCACCGCAGAAGAAGCCAAUGGCGGAGCUGAGAAGAAGAGAGUCAUCUUGUUGAAGCCUGCAGGAUUGCCUUGAAUUUUAUCUUCAAAGGAUCAUUGUAUAUAAUCACCAAGGGAUCAUGAGUACUGUUGAUAAUAAAUCAGAUGGUGAAUAUUCUGUGAUUGGUGAUAAAGGUGAUCUCGGAUUCAUUGACAUUGAGAACUAUAAAUCUCGUGGCAGCUAUGAUCUAGAUGGAGAGAGUGAGAUAGUUGUAAUAUCUGCUCCAUUUGCUUUGGUAAAUGGAAGACCAGUGUCUGGCUCUGUAGGAGAAACGAUUGUAAAUGCAAUCACUGUAAAAAAUAUUACAGAUGACUCAUUGGAUUUAUGGUCAAUAAAGAUUUAUGACUCGAAACCUGUGGAUUCUUUCACACUCUCUUUGAUGGAGCCUCCAACAGCAAGUUCUGAUGUUGAUUGUAUUGAAGAAUUUGUGGAAACCUUUAGUGUGGAGGAUAGAACACUGAGGCCAGGGCAAACUUUAACUGUUUGGCUAUCUUGUAAACCCAAGGAAAUUGGACUGCACACAUCAGCAGUACACUUUUAUGUUGGUGAUGAGACAAUAGAGCGUCUGGUUUUUGUUUUGGCAGAAGACAAGGUUUGCCAGUCCUUAGUUUCAAAAAGGCCAUAUCAUAGAGAAAGGAAGAACAAAGUCGAUGGUUUCACAGUUGAUGCUUAUGUGGUGGGGUCUCGUCCUUCAAGGGGCUCCAGUCGAGGCGUCAAGCAUAGGCCGCCUGACUACCCAAUCCCGAGGGAAGUCAGAGAGCUGAUCGAGAAAAAACUGACUCCUGAUGUUAUCAUAGAAGGUUUAAAAAGGGAAACCUAUUUGACCUAUUUCAAAACAUUACUAGCAAUUGAAGAAAUUAAAAUGGAGGAAAACAUGAGGGAAUAUGAUAUGGAGUAUGCCACCAUGAAGCACAGGGGCAUGCAAUUCUUAUCCCUUGAGGUCCCAGAUCUUGCUGAGAGAAGGCCUUCACUUGUGUGCGGAGACUACAUUUUUGCAAAGCCAGCAUAUCAAGAUGCAUGGGGGGCCAAAGCCACUAAAACUUAUCAGGGAUUCAUACAUCGAGUAGAGGCUGAGGAAGUGUUUUUGAAAUUUGACAAGGAGUUUCAUGCAACCCAUAGAGAGGAUAAUGUCUACAAUAUACAGUUCGCGUUUAAUCGGAUUGGCAUGCGGAGGAUGAUUCAGGCAGUUGAUGCUGCAGAUAAGAGUUUGACUAAAGAAUUUCUCUUCCCUUCAGAAUUUUCUAGGAGGAGACGUAUUCAUACCACUCCACUGAAACCUGUAUCACAUGUGCUUAAUGCACAGCAAUUGAGUGCAGUUGAGAAGAUUCUUGGUUGCAGAGGAGGUGCUGCGUAUGUUAUCCAUGGGCCUCCUGGCACAGGGAAAACGAAGACCCUUAUAGAAGCUAUACUCCAGCUAUACAUUCGGAGCAAGAAUGCUAGAAUUCUUGUUUGUGCACCAUCAAAUAGUGCUGCUGACAAUAUACUGGAGAAACUUCUCAGUGAGCAGGCAGUUGAACUCCAGAACAAUGAAAUCUUCAGGCUUAAUGCAAUCACGCGCCUUGUCAAUGAUGUUUCUCCUAAUCAUCUUGGGUUUUGCUUGGUUGAAGAUGAAACUUUCAAGUGCCCCCUUUUGAGGGACCUGAUUCGCUUUAGGAUCAUAAUAUCUACCUAUACUAGUGCAUUUAAUCUUUAUGCUGAAGGCAUCAAGCGAGGGCACUUCUCUCACAUCUUCUUAGAUGAAGCAGCACAGGCUUCAGAGCCUGAGACCAUGAUUCCUCUCGCUCAUUUUGUAGGGAAGGAAACUGUGUCUGUUCUUGCUGGCGAUCCCUUGCAACUUGGUCCUAUUAUCUUCUCAAAAGAUGCAGAAAAUUAUGGUCUAGGAAUAUCAUUCAUUGAAAGGCUAUAUGAUAGCAGUGUAUAUGGGGAUCCAAAUUAUUUUACGAAAUUAUUGAGAAACUAUCGGUGCCAUGAAUCAAUAUUGAGCCUUCCAUCAGAUAUGUUUUACAAAGGAGAGCUGAUUCCAUGCAAAGAAGAUAACCAAAACCUGUCCCCUAAUUGGGUUGAUCUCCUCCCUAACAAGGAGUUUCCUUUGCUUUUCAUUGGAGUACAAGGUUUUGACGAGAGGGAAGGAAACAAUCCCUCAUGGUUUAAUCGUAUUGAGGCUAGCAAAGUUGUUGAAGUAGUCAGCAGUCUGAUUGAGGACAAAGGACUAAAAGGGGAAGACAUUGGAGUUAUAACACCUUACAGGCAACAAGUGCUCAAGAUACGAAGAGUUCUUGAAAGUUCUGACAUGAAUGAGGUAACGGUUGGCAGCGUGGAACAAUUCCAAGGUCAAGAAAGAGAAGUCAUUAUCAUUUCUACAGUGCGUUCAACUGUGAAACAUAAUGAAUUCGACAAGAUUCACUACUUGGGAUUUUUGAGUAACCCUAGAAGGUUUAAUGUAGCUAUUACUCGAGCUAAAUCUUUGCUUAUUGUUAUUGGGAAUCCUCACAUCAUUUGCCAGGAUCCAUAUUGGAACAAGCUUCUGUGGUAUUGUGUAGGGAAUGACUCCUACAAGGGUUGCUUUUUGCCAGUAAAGCAGGAAAGCGUUACUCAUGAAUCUGCUGGAUGGAGAAAUGAAGAGCCGAAUCAUCAGCUAUUUGAAGAUUGGAGAAAUGUUGAGCCUAUUAAGCAAGAAUCAGAAUCUGGACAUAACUGGGAUGGUAUCACACCUCCUGCAUCUGGUAAUAAUUGGAAUGAUAUCCCGCCAACUGAAUCUGGUUAUAAUUAUGAAGACCUCUCACCACCUGUUACUAAUGAAAAUGAAUGGUCCGAUGGUUGGAAGUAAUACUAAUAGUGGGAAAGAAAGCUUACUUGCAGUGGAAAUGAAUUGUUUAUAGAUAUGAGUUAAUCCAAUUUAUAGUGGGAUAGAGGCGAUGUUGCAAUAGGCAACACUUUACAAAGUGUUGCAUUAGGCAACGCUUUAUAGUGCAUGAUUUCUGGGUUUAUUCAUCUUUCUUUGUUUAUUCUCUGAAUUUUAGUGUAAAGGUGUUCUAAGACAAAGUAUUGCUCUCUACAACAUGAACUUGUUUCCGUUUUUCUUGAAUGCAACCAUGCAGGUAGCACUACUAACAUUUCAAUUCCAAAAUCACACCUAUUUAAGUGCUAAAAGAGUAAUUUUAGC